AUGAAGAUCAGUUUGCACAUUUAUGACCUGUCGCAAGGGAUUGCCAAGACCGUGAGCCCCAUGCUGCUGGGGCAGACAAUAGAAGCCGUUUAUCACACUGGUGUCGUCGUGGCUGGAACGGAGUACUACUACGGUGCUGGUAUCCAGUCUGAGCCAGCGGGGCAAACACACUUCGGAGUGCCUCUUCAGCAGAUGGAGAUGGGCGAGACUACUAAGACACAGGACGAGAUACGCGCCUUUUUGAACAGUGUCCAGUCCCGCUAUACUGAGUCUGCUUACAAUCUAAUUGAACACAAUUGUAACCAUUUCAGCGAUGAAUUUCUGCAAUUUCUCUGUGAUAAGAAGGUUCCUGAGCACAUCGUACAUCAAGGUGCGGCGUUUUUGCAAACUCCUCUGGGACGUAUGGUUGCCCCUAUGCUCCAGAGCAGUGCCUUGGGCAUCCCAGGUGCCUCUCUACCCAAUCCUGGUUCUACCCGUAUAUCUCCAAGCCCUCCAACAAAAGCAGGCUCUAUUACAAUUGAGAAGCCCCUCUUUUUCGUCCCCAAAGAGUCCGAUCUUGCAGCCUCUCAGGACUGCAUUAUCGCAAAAUACGGAGAAAAGGGUCAGCUAAGUGAAGGAUCUGCCUUUCAAGCAGAGUUUUCUCGGUUGACACGCGCAGUUCUUGAUAAAGCUCCUUGUGAUGUUUCUCUUGGAGUUGUGAAAAGUGUGUGUGAUGAGCUUUCCCAGGAGCUGAAUAGCUCCACCGCACAAGACGAGCGCUUCAUAAGAGCAGCACUUGACUAUCUCUCCUGCGUUUGCUUAUCUUCUGACCAGUCAUCUAUAACAGAUUCAUGUGUGCCUUUGCACCUCUUGGAGCUCCAAGACACUCUUCCUGGCAGCGUCCUAGAGUCGCUGUACCGCUAUAUUCAUAACUGGUUCGUCCAACUGAGAGGAAUGCAUGACUUCCGAAAUAAUGCUGAUCGCUAUCUGGACUUCUUCAUCAUUAAGCUCGUCAGGUCUUCAGAUUCGAUGCAGAGGCUUUAUGGCUACAGACUGCUAUACACGGUAAGCCGCAUCUUUACGAAGAAAAUGGCCAUUGAUGCUCAAACGUCACUCUGCGAACUUUUGAUAAAUGCCAUCUUAGAUGCUACGGCAAAGGCCGCAGCAGAAGGGCCAGACCGCAAGCCUAAUGUUCAGAUUGCUAACCUUGCGUCAGGCGCGCUAGGAAGGCUGGUGCUCACGGCAGAUGAUAAGGCCUCUCCAAAUGGCUGGUACUCCACCGCCCAAAAGGCUCUCGCCAACGCGGGGCUUCUAUCCCUGAGGGCCCCCUGCUGCACAGACCUCCACGAGUACUUGCACGCAGACGAAGGCGACGCAGACCUCUUCUAG